AUGUGAGAGAUGGGAAGAGAGAAGGACGCUAAAGGAGAAGGGAAGGCCAAGCACAAAGCAACGAAACUGAAAAGGCUGAGUGAUCAUGCAAGCGCCGGUGCUGGGGGAGAUACGCUCAUGAACAGCGCAAAGCCAACUAAAUCUACAGAGAAAGCUGAUAAUGGAAAGUCUAAAAACAAGGUCAAGACACCUAAGACAGAGACCCUGGAGUCAGCCAACAGUCCCAGCAAGUUGGUGAAACAGGAGCCAGAGGAUGAGGACUUUACUGUGAAGAAGAAGGGGUUGAAAAGGAAAAGAAUUAAAGAUGAGCCCAUGGAAGGCCCUUCACUUUCCACUGCCACACCUACCUCUAAGAAAAAAAACAAGCAACAUGGGCAGGAAGACAAAACUGAUGGAGAAGCGCAGAAAAAGAAGUCAACGAAGAGAACAGAAAAGCUGGUAAAGAAAGAGGAAGAAGAGCAUUCAGCCUCAAAAAAACCUAAGAGGACAAAGGAGGAGAUUGAGGAGGCAAGACAGAUGAAGAUCAAAAAGAAGGAGGAGGAGGAGCAGAAUCGCUGGCGAUGGUGGGAAGAAGAAAAGUAUGAAGAUGGGGUGAAAUGGAAGUUCCUGGAACACAAAGGACCCUACUUCCCUCCUGACUACCAGUCUCUACCUGACAACGUUCACUUUUACUACGAUGGUAAGAAGGUGAAGCUGAGCCUGGCAGCUGAGGAGGUGGCGCUGUUCUUUGCCCAGAUGUUGGACCACGAGUACACCACCAAAAAGGUCUUCAGGGAGAACUUCUUUAAAGAUUGGAGGAAGGAAAUGACCCAUGAGGAGAUGUCACUGAUUAAAGAUCUUGACAAAUGCAACUUUGGAGACAUUCAUGCCAUGCAUAAAGCCAAGGUGGAGGCCAGGAAAAACAUGACCAAGGAGGAGAAACAGGUUUUGAAAGAAGCUAAUCAGAAGAUAGUGGAUGAGUAUGGCUACUGUUUGCUGGACCACCACAAAGAACGUAUAGGCAACUUUAAGAUUGAGCCUCCAGGGCUGUUCAGGGGUAGAGGCGAACACCCCAAACAGGGAAUGCUGAAGAAAAGGAUCCAGCCAGAGGAUGUCAUCAUCAACUGCAGCAAAGAAUCAUGUGUCCCGGUGCCGCCUGCUGGUCACCACUGGAAGGAGGUACGACAUGACAACACAGUGACGUGGCUGGCCAGCUGGACUGAAAACAUCCAGGGCUCCAUUAAAUACAUCAUGCUCAAUGCCAACUCAAAACUCAAGGGAGAGAAGGACUGGGAGAAAUAUGAGGUUGCUCGGAAACUGAAGACAUGUGUGGACGACAUCCGUAACCAGUACCUCCAGGAUCUCAAGUCUAAAGAGAUGGGCACUCGUCAGAGAGCUGUGGCCCUCUACUUCAUAGACAAGCUGGCGCUGAGAGCUGGUAAUGAGAAGGAGGAAGGAGAGACGGCAGACACAGUGGGCUGCUGCUCGCUACGAGUCGAACACAUCACUCUGCAUGAGCAACUGGAAGGCAACGAGUGUGUGGUGGAGUUCGACUUCCUGGGUAAAGACUCCAUUCGCUACUACAACAAGGUCCCUGUCAUCAGGAAGGUUUUUAAGAAUCUUAAACUGUUCCUCGAGAACAAGCAACCUGGAGAUGACCUCUUUGACCGCCUUAAUACAAGCAUGCUGAACAAGCAUUUGAGUUCCCUAAUGCUAGGUCUUACUGCGAAGGUCUUCAGGACAUAUAACGCCUCCAUCACCCUGCAGCAGCAGCUCAAAGAGCUCACAAACAAGUCUGACAAUGUGGCAGAGAAAUUGCUGUCCUACAACAGGGCUAACAGAGCAGUUGCUAUUCUCUGCAACCACCAGCGGGCGCCGCCAAAGACAUUUGAUCAGUCUAUGGCUAAUCUACAGGCCAAGAUUGAUGGUAGAAAGGAACAGCUUGCCCUAGCUAAGACGGAGCUGAAACAGGCCAAGAAGGAGGCCAAGGCCAAAGGCAGCCCAGACCCAAAGCUGCAGACGCUGGUGGAGCGGAAGAAGGCAGCAGUGAAGCGCUGUGAGGAGCAGCUGCUGAAGAUGGAGGUCCAGGCGACUGACAGAGAAGAGAACAAACAAAUUGCGCUGGGUACCUCAAAGCUCAACUAUCUGGACCCACGCAUAAGCGUGGCUUGGUGUAAAAACACAGAGGUACCUGUAGAAAAAAUCUACAAUAAGAGCCAAAGAGACAAGUUUGCCUGGGCCAUUGACAUGACAGAGGCUGACUUUGAGUUCUAACUUUAAUCUUCUAAAACUCCAGUCUCAUAAACUGACACUAUGAUGCAAUGAAGGAACCAUUCACUUUAUAUAACAUACAGUACUUUAAUGUUGCAUUUAUAAUAUGUUUGACUGCUGAUGUUGUACUUUGAGAUUGUGUGAUAUAAUCAAGCUCCAUCCUUGUGACACAUUUUGUUUACUGCUGUUCAUUUCUAUUUGAUGUUUUUGGCACUUUUGUUUGUGUAUUUUGUAUUUGUAUUAAUUUGAAUAAAGGGUUCCUAUUAUGCAGUAAAAGUAUGGUUACUAUUUGUUUAAAUGCCACGUUUGAGUGGACAUUAUUGCAAAUACCUCUAAUUCUAUAUACAUUAAAUUUGAGCUACAAACAUUUUCACCAAUAUAUAACAUUAGUUCCAAUUCCUUAUAUUUGUUGAUUGUAUAGUGUAAUACUAAAAUAUGAUUUCAAUACAUUAUAAACAAUGUAAACAAAAAAAAAAACAUG